GGAAAAAUGUACGGUAUUAAGAAAUGUGCCGUGUUUAUGAGUGGAUGCUAGUACUGCAGACUCCCAUUUCCAAAGAUGUGAAAUCAAAACGUGAACAGAAUUCAAAGGAAUGAUGAAGACAAACUGAAAACGGAAAUGGAUUCAUUUCUUGAUAAUCAAGUGUCAACAGAGCAAGAAGAAAUAAAACUGCACAAAUCUGAUGCACCAUGGCAACCCAGUCACAAGAAGGAAACAAAAAGUGGUGAAGAAGGAAAGACAGAGAUGCUGAAUAAGAAGGUGAAGAGUAUUCUAAACAAGCUUACACCACAGAAGUUCCAGACACUUCUACAACAGAUGCAUGGACUUACAAUUGAUACUGAGGAGAGGCUCAAGGGAGUUACGGAUCUUAUAUUUGAACAAGCAAUUAAUCAACCUGGUUUUAGUGUGGUAUAUGCAAAUAUGUGCAAAUAUUUAUUAAUGUUGAAAGUGCCAUCUGAAAGCAAACCAGGUGAAUCUGUAAAUUUCCGUGUGAUACUGCUGACAAGAUGUCAGAGAGAAUUUGAGCGAGACAAAGAUGACCAAGUUAUUUUUGACAAGAAGAGGAAAGAGCUUGAUGAAGCUGAGUCUGAGGAGCAAAAGGCACAGCUAAAAAAGGAAUUGGAAGAAGUAUCAAGUAAAGCUAGGAGAAGAUCUACAGGAAAUAUUAGUUUUAUUGGUGAAUUGUUUAAAUUAAAAAUGCUGACUGAAAAUAUUAUGCACGACUGUGUCUUUAAACUGCUACGGUCUCGAGAUGAGGAAAAUCUAGAGUGUUUAUGUCAACUUCUCACAACAAUAGGAAAACAAUUGGAAUCGGAAAAAGCCAAGCCAAGGAUGGAUCAAUAUUUCUCACAAAUGCAAAGAAUAGUAAGAGAGAAGAAAGUUUCAUACCAGUGCAGAUUCAGGUUACUAGAUGUAAUUGAACUGAGAGAAAACCGGUGGGUGCCAAGAAGAUAUGAAAAUAAACCAAAAACAAUUGAGCAGAUACACCGAGAAGCUAAACAAGAAGAGAUUCAACGCCAUAUGAUUUCACAGAUUAAUGUCCAACAACCAAUGAAGCGAAAUAGACCACCUCGUAGACCAUCUCAAGGGGGCCAGGGCGGAAUGAGAGAGGAUGGCUGGAACACUGCCAGCAGCAAGGCCGGCAUGAGAAACAUUGAACAUAACAUUGAUGUGUCCAAGCUUAGAAUUAACAAAGUGAGUACACAUUUACAAAGAAUAUGAGCAUUUAGAUUCAGUAUUAAAUGGACUAUUCUGAGUUUUGUAGCCAUUGCAAAAACGUUUUCAGCAAAAAAAAAUGUUUUACAUUAUUAAAAUUACAUUUCUGAACAUAAAGUUUUGUCAAAACUUUUGAACAUCGUAAAAUUGUCAAAAAUAUUGAUUUUGUCAAAAAUAAUUUCGUAGAUAUGAAUUUAUUAUUUCUUCUAACUGGCAAACAAAAUUUGAAACAAUUCAACAGUAGUCAUUCCAGAUGUAUGUAUCCAUAU